AUGUAUAAAUCCAAGGGGCAGCAUUGGAAGAUUCACCAGGUAGCAAAAAUGCGAGCAGUUUGGAUUUUCUUUAUGCUGUCACUGGUACGAGGUAGAACUUUAGAUCGAAAUAUCUCUUCGAAGUGCCUGGAAGACAGCAUUGAAUUUCUUGAGGACCUUCAGUCUGAAACUCCAGAAGAGUAUGCCUUAUUGAUGUAUGAUUCCAUUGGAAAGGAAGGCAGCAAUAUUCUACAUGGAAAUGUUGAUCAAUUGGGAUCAUAUAGUGAAUGUACAUCAGCUCAAGCUUCUUCUGGGAAUUUUAGUGGCCAGUAUUGUAAAUUCACAAUUCAACAGGGCAAGAUUGAAUAUACUGUUGCUAUUUGUGUGCCCAGUUCUUGUAAGAAAGAUGAUAUAUUGAUGCUUGAAUGGCUUGGAAUUUUCACGUACAAGAACAAGUCUUUCAUAGGUCCUUCACAAAUUCUAUCGUUCAUUAGUGCCAAUGCUACGUACAGGGUGAAAAGUGUUCACUGCCAAAAUAAUACUCCUUACAUUGAUGUUUUUGUUGGCAUUUGUAUAUUUGUUGUUGCUCUUUUCAUUACCAUGAUGAUAGCUGGAUCCAUAUAUGUAACAAUAAAAGAAUGGAAGAGCACUGGUAAAAUGAUGGAAGAUGAUUUAAGCCCACCUCACAAGAAUUAUAAGACAAUUUCAGUUAGCAAAAUAAAUGGCCAUCAGUUGCAAGAAAGUAGUGCAAAAUCCAAGCAUCAAUCAUCAGGCCAUGGUGUAACGGAGGGAAAGAACAAUAAAGUAGGAUUCCUCGAAUGGAUGUUAACCAGCUUUGCCAUACAGAAGACUGUCCCCGCUGUGUUAUCCACACAAAUCACUGCAGGAAGCUAUUCCGCGAUACAUGGGAUUCGAGUCCUGAGUUUAUUGUGGAUAAUUUCAGGACAUGUCUGCCACUUUACCUUACUGAAUAAUCUAGUGGCUAGGCCCCCACCGCGACCUGAGAGCCUGGGCGAGCUGAAAAAGUUACAGUUAUCAGGACAGAGUUCCAGGAGUGGAGCAAGGUUACCGGGAUUAAGCCAGGUUUCUGUGAUUAGUAGGAAGUCCAAUCCACGUGCGGUGAAGAAGUCAUUGAGGAUGAAGGUUUUGUUCAGCACUGAUCUCGCGUUGAUCAGGGCCACUUUUGCAGGUGAGUUGUGGUCCGAUAGCGGCCCGAACCCAUACAUCCAUCAGGAGCCGAGCGAGGACCGAACGGUAAGUGAAGCCUUGUCGGAGGCCCAGUCCGAGGCCCAGUCCGGGGCUCAGUCCGGGGUUCAGUCCGGGGUCUUGUCCGGGGCCUCGGAUGAAGAUCUCGACGAUAGAGGCUCGGCUCUGUCCGGGGCUCAGUCCAGGGCUUCGUCCGGGGGUCGGUCGGGGGCCUCGGAUGAAGAUCUCAAUGACCGAGGCUUGGAUGUCUAG